CAAAUCCAACGCAGCAAGCAUAUCUUUCGUGUUUGUCAAAACUCGGCGUUGUUAACAGAAUCUUCGCCUUUCACCCUUCAUUCCCACUCCUUCUCUCUCCAAACACUUCCCCUUCACACUGAUUAUCGACAACAUAUUCAUAAUUAUAACAAAAAAAUUAACAAAUUUUGGAAGAUCUAGUGGAAUAAUGGGAUCGCUAGUCCAUUCGGAACUCGCCCUGGAUUCCCGAUUCUCGCCCAAACCGUGCUUUCCAAAGCCAAUCGGCCGGUUUCCGACCGACGUUUCGCAGAUUCGAUGCGUAUCGGAUAAGAUUUUGAAGCUAGACGAUUACCUUAAUCGGCUGCUAGACGAGAUGAAGAAGAUCGACGCCUUCAAACGCGAACUACCUCUUUGCAUGCUUCUCAUCACCGAAGCAAUUGUAGUAACGCAGGAGGAGCUAGCACAGUACAAGAAAUUAAAUUCUGCACCGGUAUUGGAGGAGUUCAUACAAAAAAUUUGCACGGGUGGUAAGGAUGAUAAAUCUGAGGACAGUGAAGGGAAGGAUGUUAGCAGCCGAGAUAAAAAGAAUUGGAUGAGUUCUGUGCAGUUAUGGAACUCCGAUGAUCAAAAUACUGAUUACAACAGCAAAAAUUUGUCCACGGAUGCAGAUAGCAAUAAAACAAAGAAAUUGGGGGAUGAAAUAAUUCAGCCGGUGAGGGAGGACUUAAUUGACAGUGGGAAGAACAUGGGUUUUGUGCCUUUCAAAGGGAGUCCUAAACUUCCAGUGACGGAGGUGGGGAAAAAGGAGAUGGACGAGUUGCCGGUUCCCGGGCUUUCGCUUUGUACGCCUAGAAUCAAUAAUUCAAGGGAGGUGAUUAAUCCUAUUGGAUCCAGCAAUAGCAGAACAAGCUCUCCUGCAACCUCGAAUGUUCAACCAAGCUGCAAGGCUCCCGUGCAGCUGCAAAAUGCUAGGAAACAAAGGAGGUGCUGGUCGCCUGAACUGCAUCGCCAGUUUAUCAAUACCCUGCAGCAUCUCGGAGGCCCUCAAGUUGCUACUCCGAAGCAGAUCAGAGAGCAUAUGCAAGUAGACGGUCUAACCAACGACGAAGUGAAGAGUCAUUUACAAAAGUAUCGGCUGCACAUGAGAAGAGUGGCGACGAAAUCCACCUCCCAGUCCUUGGGUACGUGGGCAUCUCAAGAACUGUUUGGGGAAUCCUUGAAGCAGAGCAACAGCCCAUCUGGCUCACCUGAAGGCCCUCUUCAUUUGUCGAGGGUGUCGGGCGAAGAUGAAUACGACGAAUGAUGAGCAGACUACUUUCACUCAUACGGCAGCAAUGGUGUAUUAAUUGUCCACCAUGAAUUUUGCGGAUACUGAGAUAUACAUGGGGGAUUUUGAUCGUAAAAAUAAACGUAAAAGCACAAACACAUGUGAAUUAUAAUGAGGCAAAGUUGUAUCAACAUUUUUUUGCAGGAUUAGGUUACCUCACCGGUUUUUCCGAAUCACUGAUUUAUUCUAUCAAUAUAAACUAUGAUACUCCAUUCCAUCCGUCCCAGUUAAGAUGACCCAUUUCAUUUUUCGCAUGUGUUGUAAAAAUCAUAAUAAAUGAUUAAAGUGGAGGGAAAGUAAAUUAAAAGAGAGAAUAAUAUGAAAGAGACUCUCUUUUGCAUUAUUCUCUCUUACUUUAUUUUUACUCCACAUUAACUAUUUAUUAUAAUUUUUUAAAAACGCGUGUGAAAAACGAAAAGGGUUAUCUUAAAUGGGGCAGAGAGAGCGCCAUUUAAAAGUUAUGCUUUAAGUUAAUUAUCAUCGGAAGAAUCGUGAAGAUAAUUGUAGUCGGUAGGCACACGAUGACAAAGUGAAAAACAUUGCUUUUGUUUAGCACAAAGAAAUAUCAUGCUCCA